AUGACAACAUCAUGGCACAACCACCUCAACCCGGACGUACGUAAGGAUGCCUGGAAGCCCGAGGAGGACCUGAUCAUCUUCCAGUACCACCGAAGCCUGGGGAACCAGUGGGCCGAGAUCGCAAAGCUUCUGCCCGGCAGGACCGAUAAUGCCAUCAAGAACCGGUACUACUCCACCAUGCGAAGGCUCCAGAGGCAGGCUGUACGGAAAGGGGGACCUGGGGCGAUCCCGACGGCCCUCACGGAGAGACUCCUAAAGGAGGCGGCGAAUCUUCGAAGGCAAGCCGCGAUCCAGGAGGGAGGGGACGCCGGAGCCAUCCGGCCGGAGAUGGUGGCCGACGCUCAGGCCAAGGCGGAGGCGGCUGCCGGAGCUCUCGCGGUUGGACGCAUGGGCCAGCACAAUAGUGACUUGUAG